AAUCAUAAAUUCGAGUUUUGCUAACCUUCACAGUUAAAUUAUAAUCAACUUUUAAAACCUUCAACAAUUUUAAAUCAGUGCGUUCAGAUAACGAUAGUUCCAAGGGCAUUCCAGCAUCGGCCUGCAUUUCUAAGAAACGUCGAAUCAUCGCUUCACUUCGUGCGUCAAAUUGAUAUUUACGCAACGCCACUUUUUAGCACAUGUAUAAUCCCACAGCGCUGCAGAAUUAGAAAAGCAAAGAAAAUUUCAAAAAAUCACCCUCUACCAUCGGCCCCGAACAUUAUCCGUAGCCCGUAUAGUCGGUCUUAAACACACAGCGAAAACAACAAUUCAAAGAUUACCAACAAUUCGCGGGGAAAAUAAAAGCCAUUGAUUAGCGCUACGAAACUUGCAAUUACUUCCCUCCAUAGUGCACUGGUGGGAGGAUCCGGUGUAAAGUCAGAGGAGCGCACGGGUUCGCGCGCUUCACUCGAUCUCCGGCGCUUGGCAAGAUUAUUUAUUUAUUUUUUAGAUAACGCGAAUUUUGUAAUAAAAAAAAGGACCGUCGGCGCAGUCAAGAUGAUGCGCUCCUUCGCUCUCGUUGCGCUGUUCUGCGCUGCUACCAGGGCUGUUGAAUUCAAAGACUGCGGCUCCACUGCUGGAAACUUCGACAAAGUGGAAAUUUCGAACUGCGACUUGAGCGCGCCCGCCUGUGUAUUGAAAAAGGGCACCGAUGCAUCCAUUGGUCUUCACUUCACUCCGAACAAGGCAUCUAGCAGAGUAACCGCUGUGGUCCACGGAAUAAUCGAGGACAUCGACGUGCCUUUCCCGAUUCCCAACGCCGAGGCUUGCUUCGACAAUCAUUCUGGUGUCGUGUGUCCUCUUCCCGCUGGCACUGGAACUAGCUAUCACGCUAAUCUGCCUGUUCUCGCCAAAUAUCCCACGGUUUCCGUUACUGUGAAAUGGGAGCUGAAGGACGAGAAGGGCGCCAACAUUGUCUGCGUUGAAAUACCUGUGUCCAUUCAGUGAUCGUUGAAUUAGUAAAAUGUACAUAAUUGUGCACCGUGAAUGAAUUAUAAGGAAAAAAUUAUCGCCCCCUGAAAUACCCUUAUAUAGCGAUGUGAUGUGUUUGAAUGUAAUAAAGGUACAUUAUUAAAAAUCAUUCUUCAAAGUUUGAAAA